AUGGAACCUGUACAAACAUCAACGGUAACAACUAGGUACAGAUUUCAGGUGGCGAUAGCAGGGCGGGCGCUCGCUCGCCCCGCCCCCCACGGCCAUUGUCUAAAAGGGAUUUCACUGGGGGAUGUUCUUGGUGGUUUGUCAGCUUUUGGAACUGUAGCCAUAAUAGGAGAUAUAAAUAUCGAUAUCACACCAAAUAAAUUUGACACCACCUCUCUUGAUUACCAGGACCUAAUAGCUCAUUAUGGUUUAUACCCCGGUCACUUUUUUACUACACGAGAAGAUAGCGGGACUUGCAUUGACCACACUAUAUUGAGAACCUCUCUUGCGGCCACAACGCUAGUCUUAGAUGCAACAAUUACUGACCACUACGCUGUCCUACUCUCUGUCGAAACAAAUAGUCGAAUUCCAUGUCGCAAAAUCUCCAGGAUCGACUUUAUUGAACUAGAUGAAGCCAUCAAUCAAAUAGAUUUUGACACGGUAUAUUCCACUAAUGAUGUAAACGUUGCUACUCGAUGUUUGAUUCUUCCUAUUCGUCUGGCCAUUAAAAGAUGCACUAAAUCCUAUUACGUAUCUCAUAGGCGGAGAGCGCUGAAGCCUUGGAUUACCCCGGGCCUAAUAAAAUGCAUGAGGCAUAGAGACAAUCUGUAUAGGAAACUAAAAAAACAUCCUAAUGAUGAAAUUCUCAAACUCUCUUAUAAAAGGUAUCGAAAUUUUUGUAACGCUCGCAUAAAAAACGCAAAAAGACACUUCGAAAGGGAAGAAAUUAGAAAGGCUGGCAGAGAUGGAAGGCGACUGUGGGAAGCCAUUGGUAAAGUUGCCAAUGUAAACAAACCAAAAAACAUAGCUGAUUUACUUUUGAAAGUAGGAAGUUCACCUCAAAGUUCAAUUGAUUUGGUAAACCAUUUCUUUGUAAAUGUGGGCCCUAAUUUGGCACACACCAAUAUGCAGAGCUCGGGAUCAAAUUAUAAUCUGCCUGAGAGGUUCUAUGGUAAAUCUUUUGCUAUGCUGGAGACAGAUGAGCGUGAAGUGGAGCAAUUAAUUAACUCUCUAAAGGCGGAUUGUGCAACGGGAUGGGAUGAUAUCUCUGGAAGUCUUAUAAGACGAUACAAAAACCUCAUCAUACCGCCGCUCACGUACAUCUGUAAUCUCAGUAUCUCUACAGGAGUUUUUCCUGAACAAUUUAAAACAGCGGUUAUACACCCUAUAUAUAAGGCGGGGGAUCGGGGCCGUUUCAACAGCUAUAGGCCCAUCUCAGUCCUAUCAGCCUUGUCAAAGAUUCUUGAGCGCAUUCUCAACAACAGGCUGGUUAACUUUUUGGAAACCACUCACCUUCUAUCCGUUAACCAGUUCGGAUUUCGGAAGGGUAGAUCGACUGCAGAUGCUGUACAUCAGUUAGUUGAUCAUGUGGUCAUCAACUUGGAUAACCGACGUGGAUGUCUCGGUAUAUUUCUGGAUCUGGCCAAGGCAUUUGAUACGGUUUCGAUACCCCGACUAUUACAUAAGCUGCAAUCACUGGGACUGAGGGGACCACAGUUUGAUAUAUUUAGAAGCUACCUCUCGGAGAGAACUCAGUAUGUAAAAAUUGGUGCGUAUACUAGCGACGCCCAACCCAUUACGUUCGGAGUUCCACAGGGAAGCAUUCUGGGUCCGACACUGUUCCUAGUAUAUAUCAAUGACCUUUGUGAUUUACAGCUUCAGAACUGUAAAAUUUUCUCAUACGCUGAUGACACCGCGCUGAUAUUCUCUGGUGCGGAUUGGGAUGAGACCUAUCAAUCUGCACAAGCUGGUUUUAGUGUGGUAAGGAGGUGGCUCAACGACAAUCUUCUCACACUUAAUGCAGAAAAAACAAAAGUAGUCCCUUUUUCAAUCCGCAACCAUACUAUAUCUGAUAACUCACAACUCAAAAUUGCCGUCAUCUCCAACCACGUUUCAGUAUCUACAACCUUUUUGGAAAUUACAAACAGUAUAAAAUACCUUGGAGUGCUGAUUGACUCAAAUCUUAAUUUUAGACAGCAUAUUAAUUUAUUAUCAGCGCGCAUUCGGAAGCUCAUUUACAUCUUUAAGUCUCUCCGUCACGUAGCAGACCCCUACAUCAUGAAAAUGGUAUACCUUGCUCUAGGACAAAGCUUAUUUACUUAUUGCAUUUCCGUCUGGGGUGGGGCCGCUAGGACUCAUUUUAUUCUUGUGGAGCGAGCACAAAGAGUGAUUCUGAAAGUUGCCUGCUUCAAACCGUACCGUUUUCCUACUACGGAUCUUUAUGACUUUUGUCAAGUUCUUACUGUUAGGCAACUUUUUAUCCUCUGGACGGUGUUGAGACAACACACCCUUACACCUUAUGACAGUGGCUCUGAUAGGCGAAAUUGCAUAGUGGCCUCUUGCGACCGACUGAGGACUGCCUUUAGCCACAGAUUUUUCUGUUUCCUUGGAUAUUUUCUGUACAAUAAACUCCAUCGAGAGCUUCACAUUUUUGGGUUGAAUAAUUUCGAAUGUAAGAAGAGGUUGGCAAACUGGUUGCAAAAAUUAAAUUAUGAUGAUACGGAAAAGUUGCUUCAUCCAAUAGUCUGA